AUGGCGGAUAUCUACACCAAGGGGACCCGCGUCUGGCUGACGGACAAGGAGCAGGGAUGGAUCUCUGCGGAGGUCACCAACAUCGUCAAGAACGACGACAAGGCCAAGCUCGUCUUAGUUGACGAGCGCGGCAAGGAAAUCACUGUCGAUACUACCACGAAAGAUAUACGGGACGGCCACGACGACUUGCCUCCAUUACGAAACCCGCCGCUGCUCGAGACAGCGGACGACCUGGCAACGCUCUCUCAUCUUAACGAACCCUCUGUAUUGCAUACUAUCCGCAACCGAUAUGCACAACAUAGUAUCUAUACGUACUCGGGCAUCGUCCUCAUCGCCAUGAACCCCUUCCAACGCGUCAACAUCUACGGCCCGGAAAUCAUCCAGGCCUACAGUGGCACGCGGAGAGAAGAGGUCGAGCCGCACUUGUUCGCCAUCGCCGAAGACGCGUACACGGCCAUGCGCAAAGAUGGCACCGGCCAGACGAUCAUCGUGUCCGGCGAGAGUGGUGCCGGGAAGACCGAGUCUGCUAAAUUUAUUAUGCGAUAUCUCGCUUCUGUUAUACCACCAGACGCGGCUGGCAAAAAGGGCAAGGGCGGGAAGACAAAGGCCUCGCUGGACGAGUCCUCCGAAGUCGAGCGCCAGAUCCUCGCUACUAACCCCGUGCUCGAGGCUUUCGGUAACGCAAAGACGACGCGUAACGACAACUCGUCGCGUUUCGGAAAGUACAUCCAGAUCUUGUUCGAUGGCAAGCAGGAGAUCGUUGGCGCGCGUAUCAGAACGUACCUCCUCGAGCGCUCGCGUAUCGUCUUUCAGCCGCAGACGGAGAGGAACUACCACAUCUUCUACCAGCUUUGCGCCGGUGCACCGCUCAAGGAACGCAAGGACCUGGGCCUCGACACGGACACGCAGAAGUUCCAUUACUUGAAGCAGGGCGGUCCGGCGGCAGCUACCAUCAACGGCGUAGACGAUGCUGAGGAGUUCCGCAUCACGCAAACGGCGCUGUCGACGAUUGGUAUCGGGAUUGAGAAGCAGUGGGCCGUGUUCCGUUUGCUCGCGGCGUUAUUGCAUUUGGGCAACGUUCAGAUCACGGGCAUGCGGAACGAGUCGACUAUCGACGACAACGACUCUGAGCUGCUGCUCUCUACGCGCUUCCUCGGUGUCGACAAGGCCGAGUUCAAGAAGUGGACCGUCAAGAAGCAGAUCACGACGCGUUCGGAGAAGAUCGUUACCUCGCUCAAUGCGGCUGCUGCGACUGUCGUCCGUGACUCCGUAGCCAAGUUCGUCUACGUGUGCUUAUUCGAGUGGCUCGUCGCUAUUGUCAAUGAGAGUUUGGCGGGCGAGAACGGAGAGGCGGAGCGGAGGGCGGAGAUGUUCAUUGGUGUGCUGGAUAUUUACGGUUUCGAGCAUUUCCAAAAGAACUCGUUCGAGCAAUUCAGCAUCAACUACGCCAACGAGAAGCUUCAACAGACUUUCAACGCGCACGUCUUCAAGCUCGAGCAAGACGAGUACGUUCGCGAGGAGAUCAACUGGACAUUCAUCGAGUUCUCCGACAACCAGCCGUGUAUUGACGUCAUCGAAGGCAAACUCGGUGUCCUUGCCCUCCUUGACGAAGAAGCACGCCUCCCAUCCGGCGCGGACUCGUCCUUCCUGCAAAAGCUUUACAACCAGCUCGACAAGCCCGAGAACAAGAAGGUGUUCAAGAAGCCGCGCUUCGGCCAGUCCGCGUUCACGAUCGCACACUACGCCCUCGAUGUCACGUACGAGGUUGAAGGCUUCCUCGAGAAGAACCGUGAUACUGUACCGGACGAGCAAAUGGCGCUGCUUGCAGCGUCCAAGAACCCCUUCUUGCGCGAGGUCCUCGACUCGGCCCUUGCAGUUGCAUCUGGUCCGUCGGCAGGCGCAGCGCCGGGCUCUCCUGCUGUUUCCGAUAACGCGAGCAACGGCUCACGCCGGCAGUCCCUUAUCCCCGACCCUGGUCGUAUGUCGCUGGGUGGUGGAGGCGGCGGGAGUGGCAGUGGGCCCAAGCGCACCGGCGCCAACCUGCGCAAGCCGACGCAAGCGAGCAUCUUCAAGGCGUCAUUACAGAACUUGAUGGACACCCUGAGCGUCACGAACUCGCACUACAUUCGCUGUAUCAAGCCGAACGAGCAGAAGGAGGCAUGGCUAUUCAGACCGCAGCAGGUUCUCAGCCAACUGCGCGCGUGUGGUGUGCUCGAGACUAUCCGCAUCUCGUGUGCUGGGUACCCUACGCGUUGGACGUACGAGGAGUUCGCCGAACGGUACUAUAUGCUCGUCAGCUCUCAGCACUGGGGCCCGAUGAUUCGCGACUUGAAGUUGCGCGAGCUGUGCAAGCUGAUCCUCGACACUACGCUCGACGACGCGACGAAGUACCAAUCCGGCAAGACGAAGAUCUUUUUCCGGCCGGGUAUGCUGGCGGCGUUGGAGAGUCUUCGGGGCGAGCGCCUGAACUCGAUGGUCACGAUCGUGCAGAAGAAUAUGAGGAGGUAUAUGGCUAUGAAGCAUUACCGCCGCAUGCGCGUCGCUGCGAUCAAGAUUCAAACUUGGUGGAGGGGUAUUGCGGCAAGGAAGCUGGUCGAGCAGAUUAGGAGGACGACGGCUGUUACGAGGUUGCAGAGGGCGGCGAGGAGGUACAUUCAUCGCAAGCGCUUCUUGGACAUUCGGCAGGGCGUUAUUCUCAUUCAGAGUCGCAUCCGUGGUGCGCAGGCACGCCGCAACUUCCUCGAAUUCAAGCACAGGAAUGCAACCGUUCUUCUGCAAUCACUAUUCCGCGGAGUCAUGACUCGCCGCCACUUCCGCAAGGACGUCAAGCACGUCAUCUACCUCCAGUCCUGCAUGCGCCGUCGCCUCGCCCGCAAGCAACUCAAGUCGCUCCGCCAAGAAGCCCGCUCAGUCUCCAAGUUCAAGGAGAUCUCGUACCGCCUGGAGAACAAAGUUGUCGAGCUCACCCAGACACUCCAAACGCGCACUCAAGAGCGCAAGGAAGUCGAAGCCAAACUCGUCAUCGCGGAGCAGCAACUGCAGAUGUGGCAAGGCCGCCACGAGAACGCCGAGAACCGCGCAAAGCAGCAUCAAGCCGACCUUGUCGCGGCGCAAGCGGAGAUCUCGUCCCGCGACGUGCUGUUGCGCGAGAAGGACGAUAUCGAGCGCAGGCUUGAGGAGGCGCUCUCUGCCAUCAGCGAACGCGACGAGUCGAUUAAGGCGCUUGAGGCGGAUAUCGCGAGGCAGGCUGCUGAGCUUGAGGCACAGGCUAAGGCCAUCCACGAUGCGCCGCCGCGUACGACCGAGGACAGCUCGGUCAUUCUCACGCUCAAGAACGAGGUCUCGUCCUUGCGCGAGCAGCUCAACCGCUCGUACGCUCUCAACGCGCUCACGGGAGGAAAGAGCGCGCGUGAGCCCGUCUCGCCGACGUUUGCGCCCGGAUUGCGGACGUUGGACUCGGAGCCGCCGCAUGGGAACGGUCUUGUGAACGGGAAUGGAGCGGCGAAUGGUGGAUCGCGCGCUGGGCUUGGACAUCAGAGGCGGCAUAGCAGUGCGGGCGUUUACGCGAUUGCGCCGCCGGACCACAGGCAAAGCGCGGACGAGCUUAUGAUGCUCGUUAAGCGUACGCAGAACCCUCGUGCAGUCAGUGUGGCGUACAAUGGCGAGGAGGGCUUGCCACGGUUCCGUGCGCAGAGCGGGCUUACGGACAUCUAUGACGAUCCUGCGGAGGAGAAGAUCAGGCUUCUGCAGGAUAUCAAGCACCUGGACGAGGAUGUGCUCGAGGGUCUUAUUAAGGGCUUGAAGAUCCCUGCGCCCAGCUUGACGAACCCGAGCGCUGUCAAGGAGAUCUUGUUCCCGGCCAACCUCAUCAGUCUUAUCACGAACGAGAUGUGGAAGUACGGGCUCAUUCCGGAGAGCGAGAGGUUCUUGGCGAAUGUCAUGCAGACCGUUCAGGCGCAUGUCAUGACCUUCCAGGGCGAAGACUCAAUCAUCCCGGGCAUCUUCUGGCUCUCAAACGUUCACGAGAUGCUCUCCUUCAUCUGCGUCGCCGAGUCCGACAUGCUCCAGGGCAUCGGUCCAGGCGAGGAGAACGCCGUCCGUCCGUUCGACUGGGAAGACUACGAGCGCCUCGUCUCUGUCGUCAAGCACGAUCUCGACAGCCUGGAGUACAAUAUCUACCACACCUGGAUGACGGAAACGAAGAAGCGCUUGCAGAAGAUGGUCAUCCCUGCGUUGAUCGAGAGCCAGAGCUUACCCGGCUUCAUCGCGAGCGAUGGUGGAGGACGUUUGUUCAACCGCGUGUUCAAUAGCUCGUCGCAGCCGGCGUUUAGCAUGGACGAUAUCCUCAAUCUACUCAACAAGGUCUGGAAGAGCUUGAAGAGCUAUUAUAUGGAGGAGAGCGUCGUGCAGCAGGUCAUGACGGAGUUGCUGAAGCUCAUUGGUGUCACGAGCUUCAAUGACUUGCUCAUGCGGAGGAACUUCUCGUCGUGGAAGCGCGCCAUGCAGAUCCAGUACAAUAUCACGCGUAUCGAGGAGUGGUGCAAGAGCCACGACAUGCCCGAGGGCACGCUCCAGCUCGAGCAUCUCAUGCAGGCCACGAAGUUGUUGCAGCUCAAGAAGGCAACGCCUGCGGAUAUCGAGAUCAUCUACGACGUCUGCUGGAUGCUCAGCCCGAUGCAGAUCCAGCGCAUGUGCAUCAGCUACUAUGUCGCAGACUACGAGAACCCCAUAUCACCCGAAAUUCUGCGCAUCGUCGCAUCGCGUGUCGUCGCCAACGAUCGCAACGACCACCUACUCCUUCCCGAAGCAGAAGAGGUCGGCCCAUAUGAGCUCCCGCUCCCACGCGACGUCUCCGGCCUGGAGACCUACGUCCCCGCCUACCUCAACGUCUCGCACUUGCGGCGCCUCGCUGCGCUUGUCGCAUGA